AUGCCGGACGCAGCUACUACGAUCAAGCUUAGAUGGCCAGGUUCUAUAACUUUUGUGGGAGAAGUACCCGGCACAAGCCACGAGCAUGAUUCGCCAGUCGAGUCGCAACCACAACCCCUGUCGGCAGAGAGCAAGGGCGCAGCUAGCACUACAGAUCGCGGAUUGCGAAUCAUAUCUGUACAUAACGAUACGGCAGAUGCAUGCGGCCAAGAAAAAGUAUUCUACGAGCCUCUUAUCGCCCACAAGAUCCGUCUUCUUCGCCUAUCCGCUGCGGAACGCCACCAUGACCCUAUUCACAUCGAUAUCCGCCUUACAGACUUGACCUCUGGCCCAAAAUUUGAGGCUUUGUCGUACACAUGGGCUGAUAACGAUGGAGAUGAUUCGAAAUGUGACAGGGUCUAUGUUGGAAAGCAUUGGGACAUCCUCCCGGUCACCAGAAAUUGUGCAAGCGCCCUUCGGCGUCUGCGAUUUCCCUACCGAGAACGUGACUUAUGGGUCGACGCUAUCUGUAUCGAUCAGAGAAACAAGCAGGAGAGGUCUCAUCAAGUUGGAAUUAUGCAGUAUAUAUACGCAGCUGCUGUUAGGGUCCUCAUUUACCUUGGCGAGGACUCGAAAGAUCCUGAUGGCCUGAACCCAGUCCCAUGGACCGACGGCAAAUACAUACACCGGCCUUUGGCUUCGCCUUCUACUCUCGCUGAGAACCCAUACUUUAGAAGGGUAUGGGUGAUACAAGAAAUAGCUGCCGCCAGAGAUGCUUGGGUGCUCUAUGGAUCGAGGGGAGCUCGCUGGCAUGACUUCCUUGGGGUGACGAAUUCCGAAACAGAUUCGAAUCGCAAUAGAGACCUGUCUCUUUCCAUUGAUCGGCCCAUGACGAGAGAAAAACUGCCUAAAUGGCUGUACAUUUGCAACAAGCCAAGAUACAUGGAACUGGACAGGCUUUUAUAUGUUCUAUACGCUGCGGCUCAGUGCAAAGCAUCUGAUCUGCGAGACAAGGUGUUUGCUAUACUGGGCCUCUUUCAUGGUGCCAACAACGCGAAACUGGUCGCGGACUACACCCUAUGUCACCAGGAAGUGGCUAUCGGUGUCACAGCAUAUAUCUUUGUCAACCAUACCGAACAGAUGUGGCGCAUCUUCGCGGCGAUAGACUCCAAAGACUCUCAUGUCAUGCCUUCGUGGGUCAUGGACUGGUCAUCAGAGACCAAAGUGAAACGCCUGGGUCCAUAUAUGGCCGAGACGAAACCCAUAGUUGAAGCCGAGGGCAAACAAUCGCAGCCACUUUACAUCCCGCGCAUCUACCGCAAUGGAUCUUUGGUACUGAAAGGGCGCCUAGUUACACAGGCUGGAAGCUGCGCCUUCAACCAUGGAGCACGGGACGGCCCACCUGGAGUUGUGACAGAUAUCGUAUACCAGCAAUCUAUAAUCUGGCAUCUGCAAAGUGAUUCUCGACCCAUGGUCCCAUCUGGAUGGUGCCAAUCUACGGACGAGAUUUUCGCUGUCCAGAGCCUGUCUGGGUACUGCCUGAUACUUCGACCGAUCAUGACGAACCCGGAAACGUACCGGUUUGUUGCCAUAUGCAAGCCCCCCAAAGUGGAACCGAUGGCUGCAACCGUCAACCUCUUGGACCAAAGGGUGAUUCUGCUCUUUUCAACAUGGCGAUAUGUUUUAGGAGAAGAGUUGAGCAGUGGAGAAAUAUGGUAUUCUUCUGAGCGGUGGGAUAUGAUCAGAGAUAUAGCGUCCCAGCUGGAUGAAACGUGUCUCAACAGGAAAACUCUCGAACGACUGGAAUACAUUGCCAGGUCGGCUGAACGAGAUCUCCCAAGAUACCUGAACUUAAGCAACUACACAUCAGAGACCUACAACUACGCCUCCGAGAUCAAGACGCAUCACCUCUAUGACAUUUUUCACUUCAUUAUCAAAAGCAUACCUACGACUCAGAAGAGCCUUCUGCGAGCUCGAUGGGAAUGGGGGUUACGCAAGAACGCCAUGAAAUCUCCGGGGGCUAAGCAGUCGCUGGACCACCCAGGAACAUAUAUCGACAUGGCAGCAGAAGAGUCCUGGAUUCAUCUCUUUGGUCACUUUCUCGAUGACGACAUCGAUUGUAUGCCUUUUGACAUGCCGUCAUCAAAGAUAUUUGUUAGUAGGCUGCUGUACGAGGGUCUCGAAGAAAAGGUAUUCAGUCUACACUUGAUGUUCUCGAAAGGUGAAGACCCGGACAAGAAGCCUCAAACACCUCAGUACAAGCGAAUGGUGCAAUGGUUGCUGGACUUCCUGAACCUGGAACCAAAUUCUGGCAGGGAAGAUCUAGAUUCCCGCGUCGAUUCAGUUGAAGACACGUGGGGGGCCCGUUUCCUCGAAGCAUGGAGCAAUCUGAUGGAGGGACAUCGCCCAGGUUCUUUUGAUGACGCUGAGCCACCCGAGAGGCAAGAAGCAUCGGAUAAGGGCUACUUGGCCGACGCAAAGGCAAAGUGGGCGCCCUUACUUGACCUGGUACGGGAGACCGAGGCGCACCUGUAUCCUUUGCAGGAAUCAUUUCUGCAGGCGAAUCAACCGAUGAACGAGUUGAGAAGUGAAGCUGUGUGGGAGGAUAUUGUGAUAGUUUGA